AUCUUAACCACUCAAAGUAUACAGUUUUGACCCGGUAUGUCUUGGCUUUCAGAAAAGUCAUACACAUCCGUGAAACAGCAAACGUUAGGUACAGACCUCCUAAGCUUUCUGUCUACGUGUUGGUCAGCUCGAGCAUGCGGAAGAUAUGGACGACACGCAUUCCUUUCUUGACCUUGCCACCAGUGAUAUGUACAUAAUAUGAUGUGAGGGGCAAACUGAACCAGAAGCUGGAGAAGUGGAUAACAGAAGGCUGCAGAAAAUAUAAACAUCAACGGGGAAACUUCUUGGAAAACUUACACAAGAGUGCAGAGAUUAUAAGGAGACAUUUGAAACAGAGCAGUCUGCUGACCGAAUAUUUUACCUAAUUUGCAGUUCUGAUCACAUUUUUACAAGAUCACUGACAAACCAGCAGCUAUGACUUGCCAGCAGCCUGUUCUAUGGAUUACCGCCUUUUUGGGUUUUGCUUUGUCUGUGCAAGGUUACCCAACUCACUACUGCCCAAGAGGUCUCGUGGCCUAUGAGGAAAAAUGCUACAAGAUGUUGCAUGUCGCCACCACCUGGCCGGAAGCGAAGAUCCUGUGCGAGACAAUGGGAGCCCAUCUUGUGGAGAUCAAUGACCCAAUGAAGGAAUCUUUCUUGUUCUACAGAGUUCUUAAUUUUGAACCGGACAAAGCCAGAUCUGCUCUGUGGAUAGGAGCGUCCGACAUGAUGUCCGAGAACGACUGGGUCUGGAUGACCUCAAGACGACACAUGACCUACCGGAACUGGAAGUUACGUCAAAGCACUGCCUUCGCAGAUAAUCACGGCCAUUGUUUGGCCAUGCAGACGUUGCCAGAAUUUGCUUGGCUGCAAGUGGAUUGUUCUGAGCGCCUUGGAUUCGUCUGCGAGUUUGACGAACCUUACUAACAGGAUUUCACUAUCUCUGUUGAACUGGAGACAUCCCAAGGAGCCAAGACGAAAACACUGCCUUGAGUUUCAGUAAAACAAAUUAAUGAUUCAACACAUGUGCUCUUUGUUUGCUACGUGUGUCUCUUUCUGAUUCGUUGUUUACACAUAAUAUGAUUGAUUCUCCUUCUGUUGAAAGUAAAAUGUCUUUGCUGCGCACAUCGA